AUGAACCAACUAGCAACCAAGUUAGGUUUAUCGUCUGAACUUCAGUUCUACGACAUCUAUUCAAUAGAUGAACCUGAACUUAUGGUGCAUAUACCGCGACCCGCUUUAGCUCUGCUUGCCGUAAUUCCACUUACCCCGGCCUGGAACCAGGCUCGCAACGCCGAAGAUGCCGAAAAAGAUUGGUACACCGGCUCCGGACCAGACGAGCCAGUUAUCUGGUUCAAGCAAACGAUUGGACAUGCAUGCGGCUCGAUUGUUUUGCUUCAUAGUGUCAUCAAUGGUCCAGCUGCUGAUUUUAUUGAGCCUGGUUCUGAUCUAGCAGCUAUACGAAGCGUUGCUAUCCCCCUAGAUAUAACUCGACGCGCCGAGAUGCUAUAUAACUGCGAGCCAUUUGAACACGCUCACAAGUCAGUUGAGCAGGCUGGUGACAGCUAUUCGCAUCCAGCAAUUGAGCGUGGUGGUGGUCAUUUCGUGAGUUUCGUCAAGUGUGGAGGGAAACUCUGGGAGCUUGAAGGAUCAAGAAAGGGCCCCUAG